UACUAUGGUAAGCAUGGCGAUGGUGAUGUUAUGAAUCCGGAAAAUAUCAAUUCUUUGGAGGAGUUUAUCAUGAAGGGCACCAAUGAUGUUGGUGUGGAUUUGAUGAUGGCUGAUGGUGGGUUUAGCGUUGAAGGACAAGAGGACAUUCAGGAAAUUCUUUCAAAACGGCUAUAUCUGUGCCAGCUAUUGGUAUCCCUUUGCAUUGUGAAGGAAGGUGGUGUAUUCUUUUGCAAACUCUUCGAUGUAUUUACUCCAUUUAGGUAUAUCAUUUGCAAGGGAUUGCGAAAGAACUAUUCCGAUGCUAUCCGAGACUAUCUUAAACGGUACGCUCAUCAUUUAUUACCACUUUUGAAUUCGAAAGAAUGA